AAAAACAUCCUUGUGGGUUGUAGUGUUUGUUUGUUCACGUGUUUAUAACCUCAACCGUUAUUGUUUGUGUCUGGACUCUGGAGAUUAGGUUAUUGAGGAUUCAAUAAAAAAUGGGUGGUAUUAGGAAAUUUAAAUACGGGAAGAAGAAUUUUGGAAAGAAAAAACAUGAAACAGAAAGUAGAGAUGGAGUACGAGGCAAUUAUGUUGAUUUAGUGAAAGAAAGUGCUGGAUUUGAGAAGUACUAUAAGGCACAGAAUAUCAUUCCUGAGUCAGAAUGGAAUAGUUUUCUAGAAGCUUUACGGAGAGAUCUUCCAACUGCUUUUAGAAUAAGUGCUUGCAAUGAGAAAGAGGCAGAGAUUUUACUUGAUAUUGUAGAGGGAAAUUUUUUCAAAGGUCUGAUAAAUCCAGAUGAUCCUGAAGAACAGAAGAAAAAGCCAUUUUGCUUACCAUGGUAUCCACAGCGCCUUGGUUGGCAAGUGCCAAUCUCUCGCAAGGACAUCAGAAGAUCAGAGACGUACUUCAGGCUCCACAAUUUCCUGAUGUCAGAGACUGACUCUGGCAACAUCAGUCGACAAGAGGUGGUCAGUAUGAUCCCACCUCUUGUACUGGACGUCCAGCCUCACCACAAGGUUUUAGACAUGUGUGCUGCGCCUGGUUCAAAAACUGCUCAGCUCAUUGAAAUGAUGCAUUCACAGGACAAACUUCCAAGUGGAGUGGUGAUUGCCAAUGACAUAGACAACAGCCGCUGUUAUAUGCUUGUACAUCAAGCCAAGCGACUUAACAGUCCUUGUACACUCAUCACUAACCAUGAUGCCAGUGUCAUGCCCAACAUUUAUGUCACCAAUUCAGAUGGUGAAACUGAAGUGAUGAAGUAUGAUCGCAUUUUGUGUGAUGUACCAUGCACAGGAGAUGGUACACUGCGAAAAAAUCCUGAUAUAUGGAAAAAAUGGAAUGCUGUCAAUGGAAAUAAUCUACAUGGUGUGCAGCAGAGAAUCGUGAAGAGGGCUGCAGAACUUCUCACCGUGGGAGGACGUAUUGUUUACUCUACGUGUUCCUUGAACCCUGUAGAAAAUGAGGCAGUUAUGCAUAGGAUUAUUGUUGAAUCUGAAGGAGCCUUAGAGUUGCAGGACAUCUCAUCAAGUUUGCCUGGAUUAAAACAUUCCCCUGGGAUCUCUUCUUGGGUUUUGACUUCCAAAGAGAUUGAUGUUUACACUGACUUUGAACAGGUACCAGAAGCGAUAACCACACAGAUACGACCCCAUAUGUUCCCACCAAAAGCUGAAGAUGCUGAAAAAUUUCAUCUUAAUCGUUGUAUUAGAGUUCUGCCUCACCAUCAAGACACAGGAGGGUUUUUCAUAGCAGUGUUGAAGAAACUGGCACCGUUGCCCUGGGAGUCUCCAAAGACUUCAGGAGGGUCAACAGUAGACGUUUCUCGCGAAGUGGAGAACAGUAAACACAACGGGCCUCAGCCUAAAAGAAGAAGAAUACAAGGUUACAGAGAAGACCCUUUUGUCUUUUUCAAGGAGGAUGAGCCAGUUUGGCCUUUGAUCAAGGAUUUUUAUGAAAUGAAGCCAGAGUUGCCACUCGAUUGUUUACUGACCAGGUGUCAUGUGGGCAAGAGGAAAAACAUUUACUUUGUUUCGCCAGCAAUCCGAGACAUUAUUGACAAAAAUCAGGACAAAGUUAAGUUGAUAAAUGCUGGAGUCAAAGUGUUUGCUCGAUGUGACAACAAGAAUGUGAACUGUUGCUUUCGUCUGGCACAAGAGGGUUUAAAUAGCAUAUCACAGUAUAUAGGAGAUUGCCGGAGAGUAUCUAUUUGCAAGUCUGAUCUACUCACCCUCCUGACUGUCGAUGAUCCCAAACAUCCUCCUGAGACUACAACUCUAGAUCCUGCCACACAAAAGAGACUUGAGGCUGUCUCCCAUGGCAGUUGUGUGCUGGAGUAUCGAGGGGAAGAUAACCUCAAUCUGGACCUUGUGGGGUGGAGGGGCUCCUGUUCUCUCAGGGCCUACGUCUCUCAGCCUGACUGUGUGCACUUUCUGAGGCUCUUGGGUGGUGACACUUCUAUGUUUGAUAAAAAUAAGUUCAAGAAAGAAGAUGAAAUAAAGGAAGAAUCAUCUGAACUAAUAAUUACUGAUAAAGAUGAAAUUCUUGAAGACAUGGAGACUAAACAAGAGGAAAGUAAAGAUGAGGUUGCGACAAGCGGUGCAGGAGAUACGACAGACCCUAAGUUGGAACAAGACAUAUAAAGAAAUUGAAAUCAAAGAAAAUCUAUGAUAGAGGUGAUUGUAACAGGUGGUACAGGAUAUACAAAUUAUGAUAGCAAACUCCAUACUGUAUACUAUGUGUUAAUGUGAAAUGUUUUCCUGUACACAAUUCAUUUUAUUGAAAGUAUUCACAACCACAUGCUUCACAUGUGGUUAAACCACAUUAAUUUUGUGUUGACUCCAAUGUGUUUUAUUUUAUUUAGUGAUUGUUAAAAACAAAAUAUACUAUUUUUACUUA